AUGAACCCCCGUCCUCCCUCGCCUCAUGGCCCCUCCAAGGCCUCCGCCCACGAUACCCCCAACUACAACCCUUCCAUUUCUGCCACGCAGGACCGCAAGGCGAAGCACAGUCGCAUGAUGGGCAUUACAGCUGGCGCAGAGGACGUCAAGUAUCAUGCCAAGUACAGGGAGCUGAAGAAGAAGGUGAAGGAAAUCGAGUCGGACAAUGACAAGUUGUACUUCAAGCUGUUACUUGCCAAAAAGAACAUUCGUCGCAUGAACCUUGAACGCGCUAUCCUGUACGAACGUCUCGCAGCCGUUCCUCCCACCCCUGGCAGGCAGACCCAAGAACUGCCUUCAGAUGCGGACCCUAUAUUCCAAACGAAGGCUCCGGCUCCCCCAGAACACGCUCGAGUCAUUAAAGCCAAUGACCGCGACGUUUCCGAGUAUCUGCGGGCACGCCCGAAUGCUCGGCUCGUAGAGGGUCCGGAUGGGAGAGUGGUCGCGAUCGAAGAUACUCCUGCGUCAACUACCGUGGAUGCGCGCGGGGUCCCUAUCCCCGCCGGCCCUCCCCCUCCGCACGGCAUUCCUCUCGUUCAAAGUUUUCAACAUGACUCUGGCCCGGGCUAUGACCCGUCGCGACAGCUCCCGCCACCGCCUCCUAUGAUUCCCCUCCUCCAGCACAAUCAAGAGCCGGCUGGACAAGAAUCUUCUGUGACAAGCGAACACCACGCGAAUCAAUACCCGUAUCCGCAGUCCCGACCUCCCCCGCCCCCACACGCUUCGCAUUCUCACAGCAAUUCAACCCACCGUUCACGGUCGUCUUCGGCGCGCCCGGAUCUUGAUAGUGUCCCUGGAGGAACGUCGCGUAUGGAAGGUCCGCCGCCCAGUUCAUACUCCGUUCACAGUCGCAGCCCGAAUAUGCCGGGCGAGCCUCCGAUGGAACACAGAAGUCGCCGCCACGACAUACACGAGCACGCCCAACCUCAUGGACAUCCGCAUCCGCGCCCGCCCAUCCAUGUGCCACAGCAAGGCAUUCCGGAAUCACCCCCCAUCCUGUCACCCACCAGCCAUCACCGCCGCGGCCCGCACAACCACCAGCGCAUCGGGCCUGGGGCGAACAUCCACCGGGAGGUAGACCCGGAGCGCGACUACGAGCGGCGCCAGCAGCUCGAGUACGAGCGUUCAAUCGAGCGCGAGCGCGACCUCCAGCGCGCCGUCGAGCUCAAGCACCGGCUCGAGAUGGAGGAGCGCGAGGAACAGGCGCUCUGGGCCGAGCAGGAGGCGCGGGCGCGCGUGUCGCGCUCUGGCUCCCCGGGCUCGGUCGCCCGGGCGGGGGGCAGCCGGGAGAGCCCACUGCCCGCGCCGUCCGGGCACGCGCACGACCACGAUCGGGAGCGAGGCCCGCGCGGGUACGCGCCGCACCUGAUGGACCGCGACGCGGACGAACGUAACGGCCUUCGCGACCGGGGCGCGGGCAGGGAGGGUUCCUCGGGCGAGUCGCGGAAGCGUGCGCGGGACGAAAUGGAGGUCGACGACCGGUACGAAGGCGCGGCGAGCGAAGGUGGGGCGAGCGCCCGGAGUGCGGCGAACGGCCGGGGCGGGAAGCGGCCGCAUUCGGAGGAAGAGGGCGACGGAAGCCACGCCGGGUCUGGGAACGGAGAGGGUGUGGUCGACGAUAGGAUGGAAGAGGCGUAG